CAGAACGUGCACACGGAUUUCAGAGGAACCCGGGAGACGUUCCGGUUCUGUCCAGAGGGAGACGUUCCGGUUCUGUCCAGAGGGAGACGUUCCGGUUCUGUCCAGAGGAAGACGUUCCGGUUCUGUCCAGAGGGAGACGGGCGGACCAGAAUCUGAGCCAAAACCCUGGAAUAGGUUCUGAUUCACAGAGUUUGAAGAGCAGAAAGCGAAGGAAAGUCAAACCUGGGCUGUUGUUUUUCAGCUCUGUGUUUCCAGAACUUCUGGUUCUGUCAGGAAUAUUUUAUAUUUAUUAUUUUUAACAGUCGUCUUGGCUUUAAUCUGCCGCUCUGAACUCUGGCCUCUUGCUCCGGGCGCCGUUCAGGCCCGGCGGAGCUGAUAAGCCCAUCAGGAACAAAUCUGGGCUGCCCCCCCCCCCCCUGCUGUCAUGGCCGAGGCCAACGCCACCGACGGCACGAUCGACUGGAGGAAACUGGAACCCACCGCCUCCGUCAAGGUCUUCAUGACGGUGCUGUACAGCCUGAUGCUGGUGACGGGCAUUGUGGGUAACUCGGUGACCAUCAGGGCGGCUCAGGUGCUGAAGCGUAACGGCUACCUGCAGAAGAACGUCACCGACCACAUGGUGAGCCUGGCCAGCUCCGACCUGCUGGUGCUCCUCAUCGGCAUGCCCGUGGAGCUCUACAGCGCCAUCUGGUUCCCCUUCGGCUCCGCGUCGGGGAACGUGUCCUGUAAGAUCUACAACUUCCUGUUUGAGGCCUGCAGCUACGCCACCAUCCUCAACGUGGCCACGCUCAGCUUCGAGCGCUACGUCGCCAUCUGCCACCCGUUCCGCUACAAAGCCCUGGGAGGCAGGCGCACCUCGGCUCUCAUCACCUUCGCCUGGGUGGCGUCCAUGCUGGUCGCCUUGCCGCUGCUGAUCGCCACCGGAACCCAGGGCCACAUACCGACCCGAGAGGACAAACCGGUCCAGAACCUGAGCUUCUGCACCAACCUGAGGGAGCACUGGGUGAUGUACAGAGCGAGCAUCUUUGGCGCCUUCGUCCUCUACCUGAUCGUGCUGACCUCUGUGGCCUUCAUGUGCCGCGCCAUGAUCCUGGUGCUGAAGAAGCCUCUGGGCUCCGUGGAUCGGGGCAUCAACGGCACUCAGAGGCCCGCCAAGCACCAAAGUGAAGUGGCCAAGACGGCACGCAAGCAAACAAUCAUUUUCCUUGGUCUCAUCGUGGGAUCCCUGAUGCUCUGCUGGCUUCCCAACCAGAUCCGUCGUCUGAUGAUGGCCGCCGUACCGAAGUCCGACUGGACCCUCUCCUUCUUCUGGAGCUACGUGACCCUCCACCUGGUGGCCGACACCUUCUUCUACCUGAGCUCCGUCCUCAACCCCUUCCUCUACAACCUGUCCUCCAGACAGUUCAGGGAGGUGUUCCUGCAGGUGCUGCGCUGCCGCCUCACCAUCGAACACGUCAACAGGCGCACCGUGCGGCCGUCCCCCGCCUCCUCCGCCCGCUCCCUGCGGCCGCUGCUGAUGAAGUCGCUGCGUCACGGCAGGCCCGGCAGAACCACCGUCCAGGAGAAACCUCCACCCACCUUCACCACGUUUCAGGCCGACUCUGGGGUGGCGUCCUGCUCUCAGACGUCCGUCACUCUGACUGAGGAGCCGGGUUUGAGAACCGGAGAACCAUCAGAGACAGAAAUUUAAGGUUCUGGGUUACCUCGGGUCUCCUGAACCCGAACCGUCAGUUUGGCAUGAAAACUAGAGCUGAAAGCUGCAAAGCGUUGUAAAGCUACUGUAAUGGUGACAGCAGGGUUCUGCCUGAUGUUUAAAACCUUUGUUUCAGUGAAAGUUUCUGAAAAACCAACGUCUGUGUUGAACAUUAAAGUCUGACUGUGUCUGGAAAAGAUAAAGAGGUAAACACAAAAGCAGCUGAUGGGUCUGCAGAGGUCUAACAAACAAAUCUCAAACCUCUGGAAGUUCAGCUGGAAAAUCCAGAGCCCGGCAAAUCGGCACCAGAACCUCCAACCAGCUGCGAAGCACGGUGGGGAAGGAGUAAUGAUGGGGGCUGCAGCCUCACAGAGGACCAGCAUCUCCUCUGUAGACCAAAGUAUUCUAGGAUCUGAUGUGAGUCCAAACCACGAUCCCAAACACAGCAGAAUGGCUGCAAAGGGUGAGAAUCAAGCUGCUGCAACGGCCUAGUCAAAGUCCACGCCUCAACUUGACUGACGCGCUUUGCAGAACCCUCAGUGAACUGAAGAGCAACGUGAAGGACUGAUGAAGUCAGACUGCUGGAUCACAGGGUGUACUUAGUUUUCCCAGAAGCUUUUUGGUUCCAUCUUUUUUUUAAUAAAUAACGACAACAUGGAAUCUGUUGUGUUUUUUUACA